ACAUUUCUCAAACUUCCUGAUGCCCCCUGGGCUGGUGGUGCGUGCCGUUUCUACGCAUUUCACAAUUUUCCUGAGACACUGCGUGCUAUUUUGUGUUAAAUUUGGUGGGAUCAGGGUGAGAAAAAAGUAAAUCGCGCUUCUAAUGCGCGCGAAUUGAAGAGAAAUCGUUCAACACACUUGGUUAUAAGUCAGAAAUCCUGUCGGAACAGAUUCUGACCUAACUCCAUUAUGUUUGGUCAAACUGGAAAUACAUCCUUUAGUGGAUUUAACACAGCGACACAGAACAGUCCGUUUGCUCAGUCUGCAUUUGGCAAACCUAUUACUACAACAAGUUUUGGUAGUGGUGCAGCUCCUGUAUUUGGUAGUAGCAAUACAUCGCUCUUUAGUUCUAAACCCACAGGUUCUACCACAGGUGGUUUGUUUGGCAAUAAUGCAACACCACCAGCAUUUAGACAGCCAACUACUCAACCAUCCUUUGGAGGCUUUGGAACAACAAAUACGAGUACUAAUCUUUUUGGUACUCAACAAAAUACUGGCACAAAUCUCUUUGGCACAAGUACUGGGACUUCAGCAUUUGGUCAGGCAAACAAACCUGGCGGUUUCAGCUUUGGAACAACAUCUGGAACUAAUUUGUUCGGACAACCACAGCAAAAUGCGCAACAAACUACUCCUUUCGGUCAGACCAAUACUACUACAAACACAAAUCUGUUUGGCACAACUACAGGUUUUGGUAAUACCACUACUACUACCGUACCAACUGGUACUGUAGUAAAAUUCACGCCUGUUAUUACGACUGACUCUAUGUCAAAAAAUGGAAUAUCACAUAGCAUUUCUGUGCGACAUUGCUGUAUUGCAGCUAUGAAAGAAUAUGAAUCAAAAUCAUAUGAAGAAUUACGUUUUGAAGAUUAUCAAGUAGGCCGAAAAGGUCCGCAAACGGGACUUUUCGGAGCUCCGGCACAGACAUCACCGUUUGGUAGCACAACAGCUGGUACCAGUACAGCUGGCACAGGUUUUGGAUCAAUGACCGGUGGAUUUGGCACUACCAGCCAGUCAGGAUCGACGGGACUGUUUGGAAAACCUAUCACUAAUUUCGGAACACCAGCAACUACAACAACCAAUAGUUUUGCGUUUAAUAGUACACCUACUACAAAUCUUUUUGGUACUAAUACACAAACGAAACCAUUUGGAACAGCAGCUCCGACGCCACUUUUCGGCACGAGCAAUACCAAUCAAACUACCGGCACAGGUUUCGGUAGCAUCAAUACCGGACAGAAUACAGGUUUUGGAUCCGCCUUCGGCUCCACGCAACCCAAUCAGAGCAUUGGAUUAUUCAAUCAGAACAAGUCUGCUUUUAACAUCCCAUCGACGUCAGCUAGUACUGGAUUUACUGGUUUCGGCCAACCGGCUACGAAUAAUACCGCCGCACCGUUGUUCGGCAACAAAACUACUACCGCCGGUUUUGGAACAACUUCCACAUUUGGUGCAGCAGCACCUUCCACAUUUGGAACUAACACAGCUUUCAAUUCGGGUUCCAACACGGGUUCCUCAUUAUUUAACUCUUCGUUUAAACCAGCUGGACAAACAUCAGGAUUUUCUUUCGGAACUACACCCGCAUCGUCAACCGGGCUCGGUACAAACACUGGUUUGAGCUUGGGUGGUGGAACUUCGUUAUUUGGACAGCAAAAGCCAGGAAGUCUAUUUGGAAAUACCGGAGGUAAUACAACGUUUAGCAAUCCUGGAACAUUUGGAUCUUCAACUUUUGGCACAAGCUCGAACAUAAUGUCUGGAACAGGAAUGGGUUUACUUAAUGGAGGGAUGGCAUCAAACCAAACUAAAACAAACAGCUCAGUGCCAGUGCAUCAACAUAUCUUGGCUCUUGUUUCUGCACCAUUUGGCGAUUCACCGUUAUUGAAGAAUCUUUUGCCAGCAUCCGGAAAGACCGAGGAACUCUUGAAACCUACAAAUCCAACGUCGAAAGUACUGAACAGUCCGCAGUACAGAGUUACUGCCAACACUAAAUCUCCAAAAAUCAAGGCAAGAGUCGUCAGUUCUGCACAACUAUCUAAGAAAUCAUUAUUUGACGGUCUUGAAGAAGAGGAUCCCGUUUUGGUAGACGCUUUUCAACCUCGGCCGAACACGAAACGUUUGGUGUUGCGACCAAAAUCGGCGACAAAUUCUUCCAUUCAGUCCGCGGAAAACGACGAGACUGUGGUGAAAAACGGCAGUAUCGACGAUAGAACGGACGCAUCAAAUGCAAUACACAAUACUAGCAUCGAAAUUAAUAAUAAAGAAAAUCACAGCCAAGAUAAUAAUCGAAUUGCAAACGAUCGACGGUCAUCCACGUCUUGGUUAAAAUCGUCACUUCCACGAAGAAACACGGUUCUCGACGAUAACGUGUUCGAGGGACAGCAGUCACCAUUUUCCGGAAAAAAUGUGUCGGAAGAAAUAAACAACACGGUGGCUGAACUGAGUCCGCAAAAUAAUUCGUCCAACAACGUGAAUCAUUCCGAUACGAUUAAUUCGACCGAGAUACCAUUGAAUUCCACUUACGACGAUAAGAGCUCGGCAAAUCUCACAAUGCCAAAUGCAGAUUCAAGUCAGGAAGCGGAAGAAAAUUCGUUCUCACUGUUACAACCGAACAUGGCCAAAGUCACGCUACGACGAGCUGGUUAUUACACCAUUCCGUCGCUCGACAAACUGGACGAGUUCGUUCGUGGCGAGACCUGCGUUGUACCGAAUUUCACCGUCGGCCGCGAGGGUUACGGCAACGUGUACUUCCCAGACUCGUUCGAUAUUUACGGCUUGAAUCUCGACGAAAUCGUCCAUUUCCGUCACAAAGAAGUAAUUAUUUAUCCGGACGACGAGAAGAAACCGCCGGUUGGACAUGGCUUAAAUCGGAAGGCGCAAGUUACGUUGGACAAAGUUUGGCCGCAUGACAAGUCGCUGCACGAACCGAUCACGGAUCCGCAGCGGCUCGCCGCCAUGAACUACGAAGGAAAAUUGCGCAGAGUAUCCGCGAAGCACGAUACCCGCUUUCUCGAAUAUCGACCCGAGACCGGAUCGUGGGUCUUCAAGGUCGAUCACUUUUCGAAAUACGGUCUCACCGAUUCGGACGAAGAUGACAAUCAAGUUCCACCGGCCUCGGAAGCGAAAAAACUCAAAGGGUUUUCUGCACCUCUGCAGAAGGGAAAACCCGUCGAUCCGCUGACGACAGCGAACAAGGAUGCGAUUAACGGAGGGACUGUUAACGGGACCGUUGGCGGUGCAACAUUGAGAAACGGCAAACAUCCGGAUAUCGAGAGCAACUUCUCGGAAGAAACUCAGCUUCGAUUUUCUUACGGCAGUUUCGAGAAACGAGAUAUGAUCGUCAGCCCAGCCAGAGACAUGUCGCUCGGCCAUUCUCCUUUCUCUUCCAAAGACUACAGUUACGAGAAACAGACGACCGGCAGCAGCCCGGUCGGGGAUAACGCCCGUGUUGCCGGUACCGACAGUCACAAAUUGCAACUAAUGAAAGCGAGCUUUUUCGACACGAAUGACGAUGAGAUGAACGAGGAAAUGGAUCACGAUAUAAUUCCUACUGUGCAGAAAACUUUAACCCGCUAUUUACCGGAUGUUAUCGAGGUUAAGAACAACGAGGCUCCGUACAAUGUAACAACGUUACGAUCUAACUUCACAAGCGACGUGUCGUUUCACACGAGCCAAGAAGGUGCGCUCUUUGGAUUGAGCAAGAAAUUACACACGCCGUCGCAUAUCGACGUGAGAAAGAAGAAACAGAGUAUCGAUAGAGUGAUUGUAGCACCCGCGGUCACUCCCGUCACGAAUGUGCUUAAUUAUCACUACGAAGUUGUACCGCUCAAAGAGUCCAGACUGAGCAAAUUGAACUUUCGUUGCGUCGCCGACACGGGCAUACAAAUGGGUAGGACAUUUCGUCCGAGCUGGGGAGCUGGUUUAACACUGCUGUCACUUAGCACGCAGGAACAAGCGAGCAAGAUGCAACUGCAGAACACGUUCAGUCAACUGAGUUAUUACAUUUCCGGCCGCGUUGCCGGCGACACCUCGUCAACGGCAAUUGUUCAGCGUUUACAAAUCCUCGGUGGCAACGAAGACGACAUGAAAACAUUCGCGGAUAGCAUAGAGCGUCAUCUGAGAAUCCAGCUGGAUCAUUGUGUGAUGGGUCACGACGGUGAUUGUCCUACUUUCGACGUAGCCACUGAUAGCGCAAACGAAGCGUUGCAAUUGCAUUGCACGUUGGCUCAGGAUUUCGCUGAGAAAGACCAGAGACUGAACGAGGACUUCAGUGACGAACAACCGUACCGCAAUAUCGUAGAACAAUCUUUUCGUCAGUACGCGUGUACUGUAUGGACGCUUUGCGUCGCGCUUUGGGGUCAUUAUCCCAAUCAGGAUACGAUAAACGGCGCUAACGAAGAACACUAUAAUGUCAUGAUGAGAAGAGAAGCGAUAGGCGAGUGGUUGAAAAAUGUGGUGCAAAAGACGGUCGAGCAAGAAAUCAAGAAAAACAUAAGUGAUGCAGCCAAGAACUAUCACGAGAAGAUAAUAUUGUCAUUGCUCUCCGCCUGCAAGCUAGAGGACGCGUGUGAAGAAGCACGUAAGGUCGGAGAUCAUUGUCUGGCGUUACUGAUGGCGCAGCUACGUAGCGGCAUGCCGAUCAAAGAACUGAUCAAGCGACAACUCGCAUUGUGGCAAGAGACCAACGUGGACGAGUAUCUUACCAUCGAUCGGUUGAAAUUGUUUAUGCUUGUGGCAGGCGAACCGCUCAUCUCCAGCAAACACGGGACUAUCAACGUGUGUGAGGAACUCGACUGGAAGCGAGCCUUCGCCAUUCAUUUGUGGUACUUGUCGCCGCCGACGUGCUCGAUCACAGACGCAUUGGAUUUAUACGAGGCUGCGUUUAACACGACGGAGAAUCAGGUAUACGCAACCGCACCAGAACCCAAAUACAAAGAGAACGAUUACGACGCCGAGUUGACCAACGGCAAACGUAUAUACGAUCUGUGCUUCCAUCUUUUGAAAUUAUACUGUACCGGAAAUCACGAUCUGGGACAGCUUUUAAAUCCGCUGACCUAUACCGCUAAUCCCCUGGAUUACAGAUUGAGUUGGUUAAUGCAACAAACACUCUUAGCUCUGGGUUACACACAUAUCUCUGAUCAUGUCGCCGCAUUGACGCACACGAAUUUCGCGACGCAGCUAGAGGCACACGGACUGUGGCACUGGGCGAUUUUCGUAAUGUUGCACUUGCGAGACUCGUCCAGACGACGAACCGCCGUGCAAGAUCUGUUGUUACGUCACAUAGAAAUAGACGAUAUUCCGGAUUAUAUCAAGCGUGAGCAAUUUCUGAAAGAGGAGCUCGGUAUAUCGUCCGUUUGGAUUCACCAAGCUAAAGCCAUCAAGAGCAACAUUAAUAAGAGGUACGGCGAAGCAGCGUGGUAUUAUAUUCAGGCUGAACAAUGGAAUCAAGCUCAUGAGAUUAUCAUAGAACAUUUAGCAGCUGAGGCUAUAAUUAACGAGAAUUAUGAAUAUUUGAAAUCUUUGUUGAGUCCUCUGGUGCCAACCGAAUGUAGCGGCAUAAUUAACGGAUGGACGCAUCAGGGACAGCUUUUGUGGGAGUACAUGGAAAUAACUAGCGAAAUUCAAAAUUUACUUAAGUCCGCGUCAGAUUAUCGCGGGAUAACUUAUCAGCUAGAAGCGCUGAAGCCUCGAUUGACGAACUUGUGUCAGAAAAUCGAUCAAUUUCCGUGUCCAACUGCUAAACACAGAUUGUGCCAAGCCGAAAUCGCGAAGAGAGUUUUGCACCUGGCCAGAAAUCUGUUGCUUUUGCAGAAAAACGAGAGGAGAUCCGAGCUGUUGGUUCGUCUGAUAUCUCAAUUACCGUUGCCGGAAGAUUACGCGCAGCAAGAACUACGACCUGUCGUCAAUAUGCGUGUAACCGAAGUGAUGUCUCAGUAAAUAUGAAAUAAACACACACGUAGAUUAAUAUAUGUACGAAUGAUGUAGCUGCUCUAUAAGUCUCUAACAGUUUCACGCGAUGGAAGAUCCCAGUUUUUUUGUCUUCGUACACAAAUUACAAACAAAUACUGCAAUGAUGAACAUGCACAUAAUUUUUUUUUUUAGAAAUUUAAGCAGUUCUGAUGUAGCGAAACACAAGUAGUUUAAUAAUAUUUUCGCGUAUGAAGUUUGUAAAGAUUUAUAGAAAUUAUAAGCGAACCCUCUUUAGAAAAAAAUACAUCUACGUAAGAUAUUGUUCACUUUUUUCUUACAUU